AUGGCAGACCCAAUCAAAAAUGUUCUCUCCAGGCCAGUGGUUUCGGGUUGUAUAGCUCGAUGGGCAGUCUUGCUUCAGCAAUAUGACCUUGUAUACGUUCCACAAAAAGUUGUCAAAGGACAAGUAUUGGCAGAUUUCUUAGCUGAUCACCCAGUUCCGUCUGAUUGGGAGUUCUCUGAUGAUUUCUCGGAUGAAGAUGUGUUUUACAUUGAAGUAAUGCCACCAUGGGUGAUGCUUUUCGAUGAAGCUGCACAUCAAGAAGGAGCGGGGGUAGGUGUAGUGUUUGUUUCUCCACAACGGCAAAUAUUUCUUUACUCAUUCUCAUUAAGUGAACUCUGCUCUAACAACGUAGCCAAAUAUCAAACAUUGAUCAUUGGUCUACAGAUGGCUAUUGAGAUGGGCAUAUCACAACUUGAGAUCUUGGGAGACUCGAAAUUAGUUAUCAACCAAAUCUUGGAGCAAUAUGACGUCAAGAAAGAAGACCUCAUCCCCUAUUGCAAAUAUGCGAAGAAGUUGCUAGCAAAUUUUGAAGCCAUCACAUUGGAGCAUAUACCGAGGAAGGAGAAUAGAUAG